UCUCUUUGCCGGAAAUCACCAUUUGUAGAUAGCCAUAAAAUGGGGACGCCGAAUGCUGUCGGAGAUUGGUCGUCGGAGAUGGAGGUCAAUGCUUUCAGACGCCUCUUCCCUCUUCGCUACUAUGAGCGGCAUCUCUCCGAAUCGAUACGGCCCAACGCCAGACCCCUGAAAAAAGCCAGCGAUACUAUUGUGUCCCUUGGGACUGUUGCAUCCUCUGAUGGGUCUGCGCUGGCAAAGAUUGGUUCCACCACAAUGUUGGCUGCUAUAAAAAUGGAAGUCAUGACUCCUUCUGUUGAUUCGCCUGAUGGAGGCAGAAUAGGUAAGCAGCCAUGGACCACUCAAUCGCUUUUCUUUUACUAG